AGCUGCCGCGGUGGAGGUGGCCCGGCUCGCGCGGCGGCCGUGGGGCCUGCGGGGUCCCCGGGAAGGGGCGCAGAUUAACAGAUGUGCAUGAGGAGGUGCCUGGUCGGCCUCACGUUUUGUACCUGCUACCUGGCUUCUUACCUCACGAACAAGUAUGUCCUGUCUGUCUUGAAAUUUACCUACCCUACGUUAUUCCAAGGGUGGCAGACAUUAAUUGGUGGACUUUUGCUUCAUGUGUCAUGGAAACUGGGCUGGGCGGAGAUCAACAGCAAUUCAAGAUCUGAUGUUUUGACAUGGCUUCCUGCUUCAGUGCUGUUUGUGGGUAUCAUCUAUGCUGGUUCCAGAGCACUGUCCAGACUGGCCAUUCCUGUGUUUCUCACUUUGCAUAAUGUAGCUGAAGUUAUAAUCUGUGGGCACCAGAAGUGUUUUCAGAAAGAGAAAACAUCUCCUGCAAAGGUCUGUAGUGCCCUCUUCCUCCUGGCUGCCGCGGGGUGCCUGCCCUUCAACGACUCCCAGUUUGAUCCAGAUGGUUAUUUCUGGGCUGUAAUUCACUUAUUCUGCAUAGGGGCUUAUAAGAUACUACAGAAAUCCCAGAAACCCAACGCGUUAAGUGACAUUGACCAGCAGUACUUAAACUAUCUAUUCAGCGUGGUGCUCCUGGCGUUUGCAUCUCACCCCACAGGUGAUCUCCUCAGCGUCCUGGACUUUCCGUUCCUGUAUUUCUACAGAUUCCAUGGCAGCUGCUGUGCCAGUGGAUUUUUAGGAUUCUUUCUCAUGGUCAGCACAGUGAAGCUAAAAAGCCUUAUGACCCCAGGACAGUGUGCAGCCUGGAUUUUCUUUGCUAAGGUGAUCACGGCUGGUUUAUCGAUAUUGCUGUUUGAUAUGAUCCUGACCAGGGCCACCGUGGGAUGCCAGCAUCCAGGGCAGGAACCAGAGCGUCAACAGUACACCUUUCAGCCACUCAUCCACACGAGAGCAACCACUAUAGGAUUUCGUGAUCAGCUCCUCACCUUUGCCCAUCAUUCACCGGGCCUGCCGUUGAUCCUGGGCUGCAAACACGAGGAUCGCUUCAACUUGAUUCCAGUCCCAACCUCAUUAACACCAAAAUGGUGUUCUAUCCUCUCUGAGUAGAGAUGUCUGUGCCUUUAAUUUUAGGGGAAUGCUUGGAGACUGCCCAAGUCUCUUUGUAGGAAGAGUGAAUUUAGGGGUGAAGAAAGAACUUCCACACACCCCAAAGUGCAUCUAGGACCACAGUGUCUGAAGUUUUUCAUUUGAAUUAAAAAUUUGAAACCUCUUCUUUAAAAUGCUGAGAAAGGCCUUCAUAACUAUGCUCAUUACCUUUCGAAACAGAGUAGUUUAUCAGAUUGUGAACUGUCACUCAGCAAGUCCCCAAGGGAGGGGUGAAUUAGUUUUGGGGAGGAAAAGAGAGAAAAACAAAAAUAGUUUGGAAUCCAGAUGGGAAAAGGGGGAGCAGUUAUAAGAAUUCCAUCACUCACUGAGUAAAUAUUUAUUGCGUGUUGUGUUAAGUGCUAGGCCUACAGCUGGGGAAAGGAUACAGUCUCUGUCCUCUGUCUGGAGGGUUCCAUAGGAAUUCAUUGAAUCACCACAGUAGUACACGUAGAAUUGAGAUGGGGCCUUUGGCUCCCGAUGGGAGAAAAGAGGAGUGGAGAGACGCUGAAAAUAACCCCCUGGAGGAGAAGUGAGUGAUGGAUAUUUCUGGCUGCCUCUGCUCUGCAAUCUGAUGUUUAUGCCUUGUUACGUGAAGUUUGUUCAUUUCAGGAAUGAUGGGGAUUAUAAGAUUUGCAAACAGUCCAGUAAAGCUCUGACUUGACCAGCUGUAAUGCGAUUAAGAUUCCUGCCCCCCUCCUUGUGUCAGCAUCUCCCGCUGUUUAGAAGACAGCAUCAAAGCUCACCUCCCUGGCUCUCUUAACAGUAAACGGAACCAGGUUUGUUUUCAUGUCAGCGUUCCCUAAGCUGCUAGGUGUUUCAUUAACUCGCUAAGCCAAGGGGAUGAAAUGCAAGUUUAUUACGCUGCAGCAUUGUUCUAAAGCUGCAGGUGUGAGGGUGGCAGAGAGCCAACCGAUAUCCUGCUCUCCCUGGUGAUUAAGGAAGAUUAGUGGAAAUGACUGUGACCCCCUCCUGUUACAUUGGCAGAAAUAAAACUCUUCCAAAGCCAAAGUUCUGUACGGAUCUUGCAUCAGGUCACGGUGACUCUGCGCUUUCCCAGGGGUUUAAGAAGCUGGUAUGUGCGUUCUUUAAGGGAUGUUGAAGGAAACAGCAGAUUGGCUAAGAAGGGAAAGCCAGAUCUUUAGAGGUGAGCCUGUGUACAAAAUGAAUGGCUUCCCCUUCCCAGGCCCUUCUUCAUCCAAAGAGAAGAGGCAAUAGAACCUGCCAGCAUCUGGGUCUGUCCCUGAACUAGACCAGGGACAAGCACAAAUGGGUCACGUUUCACAAUACGGUCUUUUGGAACUUGGACCCUAGUUUCUCCCAGGAACAAUCCUAUAAAUGAUGAGUAUAGAUCUAGGAAAGUCCUCAGAAAUUUAUUCGGUUCGUAAUAUAGACACAAACUUCAGCUACGUUAUUAUGAGCUUAGUAUGCGUUAAAGAGAAUUCAUCGACUUAUUGUCACUAUUAUAAGACUUCUGUAGGAAGGAGGAAAGUACGUUCCAACUUGGAGCUUAAGCUGUCAGGCAGACAUCUCCCUCGGGCCCCUCUCCUCUCUUUCCCCCUUGUUAGCGGGCUCGGGGGUCAUCCUCCCAGCCCACUCCCCAGUGCAGUCACUUGACUAGUGCCUCUCUGCCCUCACUCAGAGAGAGAGGCCUGACAUCACCAGGGAGGGGACAUGGCGGGGGUUCAGGGGAUUUUCCCACUCUGUAGGUUGGCAGAUGGGUGAUGGGGGCGUAGAUUUGUUCUCUGUUGCUCUAGAAAGCAGAACUUAGACUCACAGGUGAGGUUGUCAGGUCAGUAUGAGGCAGGACUUCCUCCAGGAGGGAAGAAUCUCGUGCGCCGGGACCUGCCACAAGAUGCCCGUAGAUGCCCGUAGAUGCUUGCCUGAAUCCCAUGGCUAGAGCUGGCUUUGCAGAGCAGGAUGGGUCCUUCACAAGGAGUUUUCAAGCAGAGGUGGGGAAGCCAGCCAGUGGUGAGGGCUGCUAAGAAAGGGAUCCCUACUCUGGGAGAGCAGUCGAGAAAAGAAUAAUAUUUCAUUGCUUGCCCAUUGUAGGCCACACACGGGGGUCAGCUGCUUCAAGUACGUCCUUCUAAGCCUCACAGAGAUGGUUAGAUGUGAUUGUCUCCUGUGGUACAGCUGAGGAAACAGCUGAAUAACACUUGCAGGAUUACGUGGCUAAAAUCACCUGAGCACAGUUUGAACUCAGCUUAUUGUUUUUCUAUUCUCACACUUAUUCAGUUCACUGCUGUACUGGAAAUGGUCCAUGGUACAAGUUAUCUUUAUGUCGCAGUCACCCACAUAGGUGACCUUUUCCACUGGGAACAGGAUAUGCACAGCCUAAGUGUGUUUCAUACGUUCGGUGCCUUAGAUAUAUGUUAGGAAUAUGGAGAUGCAAUAGCCCAAAUGUGAGAGUGUGGUGUGUGGGUGUAUAGGAGGAGUGGGAUACUGGGCGGGUAAAUGGGAGAAAAAAGGAAGAAGAAGGUGGGGUUGUUGGCACCUCUGGACAAGAGCAUUUCAUCCUCAGGGACCCCCAUCAAAAUCCUUUACUCGUGGCCCAUCCCAGGCCUUAGAAGUGCUUUUGGGGAAGAAUGACAGGGGAUUCAGACAGACACCAGGUUGUCUACUGAGAAGUUUAAAAUAGGAAAUGUGCAGACCUUUCACUGUAUUACCUUUUAGGCAUGUUAAAAUAUCCAGCUCUUCUCUUUCUCACACUCUUCUGUUCUUCUGCUAUGUUUUCAUUUUCAAAUCACUGACCAUAUACAUAUUUCUGCUCUGGUGGGAAAUUCACGAUUCCCCAUUUGUAUUUUCUUCAUUAUUCUUUUUUUAAAAAAUAUUUAUUUAUUUAUUUAUUUAGGUUGUGCUGGGUCUUCGUUGCCGCAGUCGGGCUCCUUAG